AUGACCGUCAAGAUGUCUAGGGACAUUCAACUGGGCUGUUUAUUGUUGGUUAUCAUGCUGAGUGCCACCGCAGGUGCGAUCAAAGGCCAUUGCAAUCGAGAAGAGGAUCUGCUCCAAAGGUGUUCUAUGGCUCUACCAGUGCUCAGUUCACCAGAAAUAUCUUUCGCACUCACACGAGAGGAACUGGACAAAAGCUGCGUUGAACUUCGAAUGGGAAUAAAAUGCAUAGAUAACUACACAAACGUCUGCAUGGAGAAACAUGAGCAAGUCGUAUUCCGUCGUAUAUACGCUGGUAUUACGGACGUGGUACAAGAAUUGUGCACUAGGGGACCAUAUCAAGAUGAGUACUUAAAACAUGCUGAUUGUGUGAAGACCGUCCGAUCAGAUUAUGAAACUUGCAGCAAGAACUAUGAAGUAACGCUGAUGACGUUGGGUAGUCAUCAGCAAGGAGACCAAUAUCAGACAGAUCAAGCAGUGACCAGCCAUGAAGAUCAUCUCAGGACAGUUUGUUGUUCAUUCCAAGAGUACCUGAUGUGCUCAGAACAGACGGUGCAGAGGUCCUGUGGCGACGAAGCAGCAUUGUUCACUAGCGCUUUUCUCAAGCGAAUGGCGUCUAACAUUAUUAAGAAUUUCUGCUUCGAAUACAACAGGCAAGAGUGUGGACUACCGGACAAGGGAUCACACAUCUCCCAUAGUGUUCUAUUACUCAGUGUUGCAAGCCUAACGCACUUAGCAUUUUAUGCAUCUGGCAAUUUAGUUCCAACGUAA